AUGAAGGUACAUCAGUUGUUCCUGGCCGCAGCGGCCUGCUCUGCAGCUGUCGUCGAGUACGGCGACGAUGAGCCCAGCUACUUCUACGACAUCUCUGCAGGGUCGCAACUACCCAUCCACCUACCUGUCCAAAGCGCAGCUGAGCCUCCAGGUGCUCCUGUACUGAAAUCCAUCUACGAGACCAUCAGCGGAAGUCCUGAAUUUACGAAGUUGACCAAGGCUUUGGAGUUCGAUGAGGAGAUGCUGAAAGUCCUCAACGAUAGCUCUUCCUCGUUGACUUUCUUCGCUGUACCCGAUUGGGCGCUCAAGGAACCUAAGGACAAACACCCGCACGAGGACGACUUUGAAUCUCUCAUUGAUAAUUCCUCAGGAUUUUAUAACUUGGAAGCCGUGGUCUCUAUGCUUGACACUGGUGAAUCCUCGCCUGGCGACGACGAAGAUAAAGAAAAACGCAAGAAGUUCCUCAAGAAAAUACUGCACGCAAUCCUUUCGUAUCACAUCCUCCCAGAUGCUCUCACUCAAUCCGAACUUGCCGCCAACAUUACAUAUGCGACGUCUCUUGAAUUACCGGAUGGUUCACUAGACGGGAAACCUUUGCGCAUACAUGUAGAAAAGAGAGGCCCGAUCGCUUCUCCACUGAAGGUCAACUUCUUCAACACGUUGACUUUGGAGACCAAGGCGUCCAAUGGUAUUGCACACACAAUUUCUCGCCCAUUGCUUCCUCCGCCAUCCAUCUUCCAAGAAGCGUUCUUGCUUUACCAGGCCUUCUCUACAUAUACUUCAGUCAUCCAACGCGUUGGGCUAGUUGAAGAGCUUGACCUCCGAUACAAGCCUGGUAAAAAGGGCGAGAAGGGUACAUUGGAAGGCGCCCCAGUUGUCACCUCCUUCAUUCCUAUCAACAAGGCGUUUAACAAACUUCCUCUCAAGCUGCGGCUCUUCUUGUUUUCACCCUUCGGCGAGCACGUCUUGAAAAAGAUCCUGCAGUACCACACUGUCCCUGAACUUCUUAUCCACUCCGAUUACUUAUACAACUCCACCUCUGGCGAAGAAAUCGAAUUAACCAACCUUCCCUCUUUAGAAGGUUUCGACUUUGAACAUGGGUGUGAUCACGAUGAAUUCCAUCUCGAGCGCCAUUUCGAGCCUCUCUUCGAUCCCAAGGUCAAGUAUGCAACAUCUCAUGCCAUGCCCCGACCAUAUAGGCGCAUUGGGUUGGAUACUUCGUCCGGCCUCCCUCGCUCUCCGUUCCCCAAGCCUGAACUCAUAUUUGCCUCGAACAUCACCGUCCCUACUCUAUUCGGAAAUCACACCCUCGAUCUUACCAUCGUCAAAUACAAACUUACUGUUCCCUUUCCUGGCCCCGAUCCGCACUCGCUCUUCAUUCACAGGGUCUUUGUGAAUGGCCAGCGUGCUGUCUUGACUGAUGUCCCUUCCCGUAACGGCGCUGCCCAUGUCCUCGCUAGGCUGAUCAAUCCUCACAAGAACAAGAAGCACGGUCCACCCGACCACGCCCAUGUCGCACACGAUGACGAAAACGAAUGGGUUGGUUGGGAAGAAUGGCUUCCCAAGUGGGCAGAUGAAGAAGACUUGGCUGAUGAGGACUCUACUUGA